UGUCUCCCGGGUGACGGGGCCGAGAUGGCGGCGCGCGAGGCGGCGGAGCGGCGCGGGCCCGGUUGUGGAUGAGGGGCGGCCGCAGGCUGCGGGAGCGGCCGCCUCGGCCCCUGGAGCCCCGCGACCCCUGGCGAGGCCUCCCCUCUGGGGCAGGACAGUAUUGGAGCAGCCUACCUAAUGAUCCACCUUCCUGACUCUUCCUAACUUAAAGCCUGGAAUAUAAAAAGUGAUUUAAAUGCCAUAGCAUAUUUGAAAUCAAGCUGUCCUUCCAUGGAAUACUCAUGGCCUGAGGAAAAUGUCACAGGGCUGCCUUCUCUUCUCACCAGAAGGAAGGGUUCCUUACCAUGGCCAUAACACAGUUUCGACUCUUUAAAGUCUGUACUUGCCUGGCAGCAGUGCUUUCUUUCAUUAAAAAGUUAAUAUGCAGGUCUGGAAGAGGGCGAAAGUUAAGUGGAGACCAAAUAACUUUGCCAACCACAGUGGAUUAUUCAUCUGUUCCUAAGCAGCCUGAAGUAGAAGACUGGUCUUCAUGGGAUGAAGAUGCACCUACAAGUGUGAAGAUUGAAGGUGGCAAUGGUAAUGUGGCUGCUCAGCAAAAUUCUUUGGAACAAAUGGAACCUGAUUAUUUCAAAGAUAUGGCACCAACUAUAAGAAAAACUCAAAAAAUAGUUAUUAAAAAACGAGAGCCUUUAAAUUUUGGGAUUCCAGAAGGAAACACAGGAUUCUCUAGCAGAUUAGCAGCCACACAAGAUAUUCCUUUUAUUCACCAAUCUCCUGAACUGGGAGACCUGGAUACUUGGCAAGAAAAUACAAAUGCCUGGGAAGAAGAGGAAGAUGCUGCUUGGCAGGCAGAAGAAGUUCUUAGACAACAGAAGAUAGCAGAAAGGGAAAAAAGAGCAGCAGAACAACAGCGAAAGAAAAUGGAGAAAGAGGCACAAAGGCUAAUGAAAAAGGAACAAAACAAAAUUGGUGUAAAACUGUCCUAACAGAAGCCACACAGCAAUGGCAGUGCCAGUGAAAAGAGAAUUUCAGCUCCACAAGAUACAUAUUGGUAUUGAUUUAACUAUUUAUAGGACUUCAACACACUGCUUGGUUUCAGUGCAUUCUUCAGGUCAUCUUGGAAGCCAGGAUUUUCCCAAAAUAUCUUGAACUACUAGUACGUAGUUCUUAAAGAAGAAAAGCCCCACAGAAAAUCAUGCGUUGAUGGAAUGUUUCCUGCAAUAGUUCUUUUCCAGCACCCUUCUUUACAGCAAGUGAUUGACAAGUAUGUUGAUUGAAAAACACUCUAAAUGAACAGCUCAAGCCUAGAGAAAGGAAUGUAAAUAUUGAGUGGUGGGAAAUCUACCUGUAUUGUCUGUGCUUACCUGAAACAUGUAAUUAAACAGUUUUAAAGAA